UCAAAACAUGUAGAUCGUUACAAAGCUGAGCGAUUUGGAUUAAUGUGACUUUUCCACUUCACAGAGAAAAGGGUCCACUCUUCAGGAUGGAGAAUGGGGUUGCCUCCACUAAAGGAGAGGGCUUCCUGUCCAGAAUGGCCCUCAAUGACAACAAGGCUGGUAUGGAAGGUCUUGACAGGGAUAAGAUCAACAAGAUCAUCAUGGAGUCAUCCAAGGGAUCCAGGUUUUAUGAAAAUGAGGUGAAGAAAGAGCAGCAGGUGAACCAGCGCAUUGAUAAAAUGAUGCAACAAAAGGUGCAAAUUACAGAACAACAGCUAAAGAACGCACAGGCUCAGGUGGAGAGGUUGGCCUACGAGCUGGAGAAAAGACGCAAUUUAAGUCAUUUAAUUGUACAUGUGGACAUGGACGCUUUCUACGCUGCUGUGGAAAUGAGAGAUUGUCCUGAGCUGAAGGACAAACCCAUGGCUGUUGGAUCUAUGAGCAUGCUGUCAACAUCUAACUACCACGCCAGGAAGUUCGGAGUUCGAGCUGCCAUGCCCGGCUUCAUUGCAAAGAAACUCUGCCCCGACCUAGUCAUUGUUCCAACAAACUUUGACAAAUACAGAGCUGUGAGUAAUGAGAUCCGUGAGAUUUUUGCACACUAUGACCCUCAUUUCCAGCCAAUGAGCCUAGAUGAAGCUUAUCUGGAUUUUACAGACCACGUGAAACUGAGGGAGAGCUGCCCUGAAUCAUCACGAACACACCUUUUCCGCACCAGCACCAGCGAAACAGGUGAAGAGCAGAUUGAUCUUCCCCAUGAGUCAGUACCAGAGGUGAGAGACCUCUCUCCUGUUCUGUUUGAGGACAGCCCGAGCUCCUCUCCCUGCUUUUUGAGCCCAGAAGGUGUUGGUGCAGCUGGCGGGGCUUUCGAAGUGUUUGGGACGUCUGUUGAGGAGGCUGUGAGAGAGAUGCGCUUCCGAAUUGAGCAAAAGACCAUGCUGACUGCCAGUGCAGGCAUUGCUCCAAACACGAUGCUUGCCAAAGUGUGCAGUGACAAGAACAAGCCCAACGGCCAAUACAGACUCCCAUCCACCAGAGAGGCUGUCAUGGACUUCAUCCAGAACCUCCCAGUUCGCAAAGUUUCUGGCAUAGGGAAGGUGAGUGAGAAAAUGCUGAAUGCGUUGGACAUCAGCAGCUGUUCUCAUUUCAGCCAGCAGAUGGCGUUGUUGUCAUUGUUGUUCUCGGAGACAUCCUGGCAUCAUUUCAUACAGGUUUCCCUGGGUUUGGGCUCCACAUACCUACCGAGGCACGAGGAAAGAAAAAGCAUGAGCACUGAGAGGACAUUUAGAGAAUUAAAUAAGGCUGAGGAACAGUUGUCUUUAUGUAGGGAGCUCUGUGAAGAUUUAGCAGAAGACAUGAAGAAAGAAGAUCUGAAGGGUAAAACAGUAACACUGAAGCUGAAGAACGUGAACUUUGAAGUGAAAACCAGGGCAGUGACGCUGCCGUAUGCUGUUGCUACAGUGGAUGAGAUCUAUGCUGCUGCCAAAGACCUGCUGAAAACAGAAAUGGAAAAGGAAAGCCCUCAGCCACUCAGACUGAGACUCAUGGGUGUUCGAAUCUCUGCCUUUAUCAGUUCGGAUGAUAAAAAGCCUCUGCAGAAGAGCAUCAUUUGUUUCCUCCAGCCAGGCAAGACAGACUCUACCAGCUCUUACCAGCUUGAGAGGGAGCAUCUCUCUUCUUGUCCUCCGCUGGUGCAGAAGUGCCAGAGACAGGAGGAAGUUCCCUGGCGGACUAAGCUAUGGGGGAUAAAGGAGGGUCAGACUAGUGAUGAACCCCAGAUGUCUUUCUUCCAAAAGGCCCAUGCCAAAAGACUACAACUCCAGGCAGUGAGUGCAAGCACACAAGAGGAAGUCCACAAUGAAAAGGCUUCUGUGAUUACUUCCACAGGCAAUCAUGCUCAUGAGAGCGUGAAGUCAUCGAUAAAUGGACAGAGGUCAGAGAGUAACUGUGAAGCAUCUGGUCUCUCAGAAAAUGACAGUGUUUCCCUCUCAGAGGCUCAUGUUUCCACAUCAGACCGUGGUGGCAGAGUGUCAGAGAGUUUCACCUGUCCUGUGUGUUUCAGGCAGGUGGAGACGACUGAUUUGAAUGUCUUCAACCAACAUAUAGACCAGUGUCUCAGUGAUGUUUCUAGAAAGCCAAAUCAAAUCACAGUUUCUGACUCUGAGUCAGAUCAGGAUGGCGAGAAUGACCAUGAAGAAUGUGAAGUGAUUGACAAAUGGAGGAGGGAGUCUGAGGCUCAAAAAAAGCAGGAGUCAAACAAACCUGAUUCCCCGCAAGACCAACACAACUUGAAAAAUGAUUCAGGCCAAACAGUUUUGCUGAUCAAUGGUGAAAAUGGACCAGUGACCUUGCAGCAGCCUCAGGCAUGUAAUGGUAAAGGUCCUGUCCUAAUCUGCCCAGUAUGUCAGCUGACGCAGGACACAAAUGACCUCACUAUGUUCAAUCGUCAUGUUGACCUCUGCCUGAACCAGGAAGUACUGCAUGAGCUGGGGGGACAGACAUCAUCUUCCAUUAAUCUACCUUCAGUUACAGUAACAAACACCAAAGUGACAGACAAAGGCCACCUCCUGUUAAGGCAAACAAGUAAAGCAAAAAACAAAAGACGGGACACUCCUUCCUCUCCACCAUCUAAAAAGGCGAGAGGCCUCGGUCCUCGCAACACCAUUGACAAGUUCCUUAGGUGACAGUCAUGCAUGCAGAAUGUUCAUUGUCCUCUGGACGAACUGAUAAAGUUUUGCAAAGGAAAUCAGAAACGGCUCCUCCCAGUGACUUGGCUUAUCUGGGUUUAGCUAUUGAUUCUGCACAAUCACUGCACAUGAAACCAUAUUAGGUAUUAAGUAUUGCAUUGUCAGG